AUGGCCACAUCCUCGACUGCCACUGAUAGAAGUAUAAAUAAUGAUUCUUAUAGUAAAAACUGUGUACUAUCAGUAGAAAAAUAUGGUCAUAGUAUUAAAUUUUUUAAUAAUGAAAUUUUUCGAGCUCAUUUUCAACAACAUUUAUCAAACGCAUACAGUCUCAAAUGUUGUCUUCGUUCAACAGACAGUCAAGAUAUCGAUAUUGAAUUGGUGGGUAUGAAGCAAAAUGUAAAAGCUGCGCGUGACAAUAUUAAAAAAUUAUUCGAAUCUGUACAAGAAAAAAUUUUCAAUCGAGAAGAUACUGAUCAAAAGAUGAUAUAUUGGUCUCAACAUAUAAUUUCUGAUUCAGUUGUUCCUGUAAUAGAAGAAAUAAUGAAUAAGGAAAAUAUCUUCGCUUUAUGGGAUAAAACUGCUAUGUUCUCGGGCUACCUUAAAGCGAUCUAUUUCACUCAUGAACCAUAUACUACGACUGCUGAAAAGAUUACUGAUAUAUUAACUCGUGAAAUAGGCUACGUUGCAGAUCUUGGCAUGCCGAAAGAAAAUACCAAAAAUUUUCUUACAGCUAUCGAUGAUUUUAUCGUUAUGCAACAACAUCCUGAAUUUGCUUUCAUUCAGUGUCGGUAUGCAUUUAAAACACACUUUAAAAUCAGUUUAUUUGGUCGUAAGAAUUUGCUAAAAAAGAUCAAACGACAAUUACAAUCGCUUAUUCAAAAACAUACUGUUCAGAUAUAUCGACUAACGUUGAAGGAUAGUCAACAAGAAUAUUUACUUGAUCACUGUUGUGAACAAAUUCAAAAUAUUGAAGAUGAAUACAAAGAUGAUCAUGUGAAAAUACGAAUUAGAUUAAAAGAAUUUAGCGCACCACAAUAUGUAGCCGAGAAAGUGAAACAGAAAAUCACUGAUUUGAUUCUUUAUAGUACGAUUUGCCGAUUCUCUAAGAUGGGUAAUGAAAUUAUCGUUACUGAUGAUCAACGUACUCAUAUUUACCAAAUUGCGAGAAAAAAUUAUUGUCGAAUUGAGAAGAUCGAUAAUCAAACGGAUUGGAUUGUUUGUCCUAUACCAAAAGCAUUUUCGUCAUCGUCAGCUACGUCCAAUUUAACUGUUCAACGAUCUAAUGAAUUCUGUUCAGGAUUAUCUAUGAAAAAGAUAUCAAUAUUACAGAGUUCAAUCGAAAUCUAUUUGGCAGAUCAAAUAGCAUCGAUACCGAGAGAUUUAACCAUUAUUUCAUCGGAUGUUGGAGCUAUCGAAGAACAAACAGAAUAUCGAAGUGAUAAUGGAUAUGUCGAAGAAAAAUCAGGUAGAAAAUUUUUCUUCUAUCUUUGGUCACCUAUUCUGUCUAAUGAUGAAAAGCAAAAUAAGAAGUUUAGAAAAUCAAUAGAAAAAUUUAUUUCAUCAACUUUACAAAGUGUAGUGAAUUGUUGUCCACAAGCGAUAAGGAUCGCUUUUUCAACUAGUAAUUGGGAAAAUAUGGAGAUUGAACAGCAAAAACAAUUUGUUGAAAUUUUAAUUAAUGAAAUUAAGCGAGAUAUUGAGAGUCGAAAUUCUAAAUGGAGAAUCCUACUCUUAUUCAAUCAUCAGCAAAAAAAUCUUUAUACAGAAUUUUCUCGAUUAUUGACAAAAUUACAAACAUAUGAAGAUGGUUUUGCGCAGGUAUCUUGUGCAAUAUCGACUAUGCAAAUCACGUUGACUACUUCAUCCAAUGAUGAUCUUCGACGAUGUGAACAUGAAAUCAACGAUUAUGUUCAGAAACAUAUCAUUUCAAAUCGAAGUGUCAAUUUGCAGUUCGAUUUUAGACGAUGGAAUCAACAUAUGAUAAAUUCUUUCUACAGUUAUUGUUUAACUAAAUCUGUAUUACUACGAUUGACUUUGAUGAAUGAUGUAGAGUUACAACUGAUUGGAUCAAUUCUGGAUGUUGAAAAAGUUACAGCGAAAUGUCAAUUAAUGUGUGACAUUUCAGAUGAAUUAACAUCAACGAAUCAAAAUCAAUCGUCUUCCACUGGUUACAAUAUUUAUUUCAGCUACUGUCGUUCUAAUCAAUCAACUUGUCAUCAAUUGUUCAAUUGUUUGACUAACGAAGGUUAUUCUAUCUGUAGGAAAUCUUCGAAAAAAUCUUUAUCUACAUCGGAUAUCGAAAAGUCGGAUGUAUUCUUAGUUGUUUUUACUGAGGAGUUUUCCAAGGAUUUGGAUUGUAUAGCCGCAUAUAAUCACGCAAAAUCUAUAAAAAAAACUCUGAUUCCAUUGGUCAUCAGACAGCGUAAUCAAGAUAAUGAAUGGCUUUCUUCGCUUACUCUCGCCGCAUUAUUUUAUGAUUUAUUCGAUUGUGAAAUCGAUCUGGAAUUUAUUGAUGAUUUUGAUUUAGAAUAUGAUCAAUUAUUAUCCACUCUCUUACGUUAUACAAAACCUGGUAUCAGUGGUCAACCUUAUCCUGCCAAGAGAACUAUAGACAAGCCACAAAAUGAAAAUGAAAAUGAAAAUUAUCAAGAGAUCAUCUUUGGUCAAAAAUCUGCGGCACUACAAAAAAUUACGCCAGAACAAAAUCGUCAGUUACAAUUAGUCUAUCAGCAGGAAUUACAGAAAAAAAUCGAAGUGAAAAAGAUUCCCAGUGAUGAAAUAGAUGAUUUAGUUGUCAGUUUAACUGUGAUUGUGGAUGAUAUUAAAACACUGCUGGCAGGACACGAGAAUGAUUACUCACAAAUAAGGCCACAUUGGCCAUUGGAUAAAAGUUGCCAAAUUGCUUUAAAUGACUUUUUGUAUUGUGUUAAACGUUGGUUAGAAAAAGCACCGAAUGUCAUUAAGGGAAAUUUUCCACCUUUCACUCCUACCGGAGAUGUAAACGAUGCAUUAUUUACUAUACAUCAAGCACCACAAGGUGAUAGUGAUCAACGAACUUAUGAGUUAAUCGAUUGUUCACCUCCUUCCAUGUAUUUUUCCGUACUUCCUUCGGAUUUAGGAUGUUGUUUUAACGAUGAACAAGCAGAUGAAUAUCAUGCUAGACUGUUAAGAAAAACUAAACCGAAGAAUGAAAUGGACAUGAAAAUUGAAAAGAAUUCAGUGGUAUGGGAAUGUCAAUCUGUCGAUCAAUUGAAGAUUGGUGAUGCAUUGAAAACAGCUGAAGAUAUAAGAAAAAUUGAAGAGCGAGAUAAUCCAAAUCGUAUUUGGACAAAGACUCGAGGAGCUAAAGCAUUUAUUGAACAGAAAAUUAAAAAUAUUCGCGAAUUUCAAGAUUUAUGUGAAAGAUUUAAAUGA